AAUUUGGAUAUUAUUAGCCGGGGUUUGGGCACGUGACAUUGCAGCAUCAUGCGGCUCGGGAAAAAAGUUGGAAUGAAUCGCUUCGGACUAAAAGAUUAUUAUAGCGAUGCCACAGCUUUAUAAAGAUUUUUGCUAUAUAACAGAUAAAUAAAUAUAUUUCAAUUAGUAAUAAUUAAUUACAUCAACCAAAAAAUACGUAAUUACUUGUUCAGUAUAUAGAUAAUUAUGACUACAUCAACAAUUGUAUCACCAAGUUUAAAAAGUACUGCUACUUCUAAGAUAAUAACAUUAGCUGCAGGAUGUUUCUGGGGGGUUGAAAGAGUAUUUCAAAAGCAAUUUGCUGGUAAAGGUUUAUUAGAUGUAAAAGUUGGUUAUGCCAAUGGAGUUCAAAAUCUUGAUACAGUCACUUAUGAAAAAGUUUGUACUGGAAGUACUAAUUUUGCUGAAAGUAUACAAGUUUCUUUUGAACCAGCUCAAUUAAAGCUCGAAGAUAUUUUAGAUAUCUUCUUCAGAAUGCAUGAUCCAACUACUGUCAAUUCACAAGGUCCAGAUGUUGGUACUCAAUACAGAUCUGCUAUUUUCACACAUUCUGCUGAUGAAAGAGAAUUAGCUUUGAAAUUAAAGGAAGAAUAUCAAAAGACAUGGUAUCCAAAUCAUACAGUCGCCACUAUUAUUGAACCAAUUAGUAACUGGUAUGAUGCUGAAGAAUACCAUCAAAAGUAUUUGGAAAAAAAUCCAGCUGGUUAUGAAUGUCCUUCACAUUUCAUUAGAACUAAACCAAAGAUCUAAAGUCCCUCUGGUUUAGUAAGAUUCUUUCAUUGGUUGACCAAACAAUAGACUAAUAAUGAUGGAAUAAACAAUGUAAAUGAAUGAUGAAUUGGCCUAUAUUGCCGUUUAAUUAAUUGAAUUUGUGUAUAUAUGUAUAUUAAUAUAUUCGUAGCACUCAUUAUUUGAAUUUCUUAUAAUUCAGAACUUAAGAGUAUUAUUGUAGGACUGAUAUGAG